CCGAGUGAUGUAAAUAUACAAUACAUAGAACAGUCAAAGUAAAUAUUAUCCUCGUAUAAUACACAAUGAUUCCAUUCUAUCCUAAAUAACGUUUUUCCAGUACAAGUCAAAUAUACGAACGUAUGGAAUCUGAAUCAGUAUUAACCGAUAUUCGUUGAAUCGCGAUACGUAUUUCAACUUUCGCAAGUUAUUAGUAACCAGCUUACAGGUUAUGUGCAAAAAUGCAUAUAUUAUCAAAGAAAAUCUAUAUUGUGACUACCAUUUUAGUUCUACACUUGACGUUAAGUUUUGGAGAGCAAAAAACUUCUGUAAAUGUGGAUGAAAACAUCCCUAAUACAGGAAAAGGUGUAGAUGAAGAUAAUGCUGUAAAUUCAAUAGACGAUGGUACGAAGAGUACAGAAAAUGUGGGAAAAUUAGAUAUUCUUCUUGAAGAAAAUGACCUUCCUGUUGAAGAAGACAGUGAAUAUUCUGAUGAAAAAAAUACUGAAUCUUCUGUACCUUUUACUGAAUUUCUAGGAUUUCUUGAAUCUAGUUCUAAAACUUCUGUUGAAAAAAGUAAUGUUACAAUAAUUGACCCUAAUGCUGUGAAUUUAACUAAAGUUAAUUGUGUGACAGACAACUCUUACGGACCAGUUGAGAUUGUUAAUUAUACAAGGUUUUUAGAACUACUCAUUGAAAGUGGACCUUCUAAUAAAACUAGAAAUAAUAAAGAAGAAAAAGCUUUACCUGGUAAAUGUUUGUUAGUAUUUUUUUAUGCUCCAUGGUGUGUCUUUAGUAGCCAUGCAGCUCCUCAUUUCAAUGCAAUAUCAAGAUUUUAUCCUCACCUAAAAACUGUAGCCAUUGAUGCCAUAAAACACCAACAAUAUAAUACGCAGUAUGGAAUAGUGGGUGUUCCUACAUUAAUGCUUCUUCAUAAUUCAAAGCCAGUUGCAAAGUUCAAUCUCACUGAGUAUACUUUGGCAACUUUUUCCACAUUCAUAUCAACAUCAACAAAUUUACAGCCAAAUGAAUCAUUGUAUGUGACAUCAGCAGAUUUUAGUGGACCUCUUUCUAGUACAGUAUCAACAGACACUGAUUACUGUUUGGUUCUCUCUUGUGUAUUCAUCGUAGCUUGCAUAAUUUAUUAUACAAUGCAAAGUCAAUGGUGGAGACAAUUCAUUGAACAAGUACAACAUACAUGGCGAGAAAGCAAUGCACAACAUGAACAUGCGGAAUGAAUAAUUUAACUGUAAACAAUUUGAGUAACAAACUGAGUUCUUUGUUACUCGGGUGUUAAUUUAUUCAUUAAUUAGUGUGAUAUACUUGACUAGGAUGUGGAUAAUGUGAUAAUAAACUACGAUUUAUGUUGCAACAAAUGUAAAUAUUGAAAAAUAUACUGUUAAAUAAAAAAUUUCAUUAAUUAACUA